AUGGCCUGGGCUUCCUUCCUCUCUUGCUUCUCCUUCUGGGGAGAAGAAGAGGAGAGGUGCUCACCGUUGUUUGCUGCUGCUGUUUCUGCUACAAGAAGUUCACUGACACGGACAUUGACGUCGUUGUCGACGACGCUCCCUACUAGUGCUACCACCACAGUAUACGGGCUGCUUGUUGAGCGUAUAGGAACGACAAGGGGAGUGAUAGAGGUAGGAAUGGUUGUCGCAUUGUGUGGAGCGGUGCCGUUGGUGGUGGGAUGUUUACAGGCUCUUCGCAGAGGGGAGGUUAAUGAUAAUAAUAAGAGCAAUCGGGAUAUCAAGUCGAAGAGCGUCGGCGGCGGUGGUAGCGGUCUUACAGACAGCGAUGGACAGCAGGUCGUGCAUUCUUCGUCCUCGUCCUCAACAGCAGCAGAUGAUGCUGCAUACACAGACCCGGGGCUUCUCCGUAAAUUUUCGGAGGUGAUCCCCGUUACCACGGACAGUUAUAACUACCCAGGGGUUCGCAUCUUCUACCGCGAGCACCCCAAAGCUUCAGUACUUCCACCAAAGCUUCCUCUGCUUGUCUUUAUCCAUGGUCUUGGAGGACAGUUGUCGCAGUUCCGCUACCUUAUCGAGUACUUUGUUCACAUUUCACACACGCUCGCGAUCGAUCUCCCUGGCUGUGGCCCCGAUUCAGAGUUCGCGCCAAAGGAUUGGGAUGCAUACACGACUCCGUCCUUGGCAGCCGUGAUAGCCGGCGUAGUCAACGGAAAACUUGAGGAAGGGCAGCAGGUGAUCCUUAUCGGACACUCUAUGGGGUGUUCGCUGGCCGCGACUCUCGCAACGAAGGGGGGGCUGUUGGCGGAUAAAUGCGUCGGCCUCAUCGCAAUUUGCCCGAAAGCCACGGUUACGGGAAAAAGAAAGAAAGGCUAUGGCGACUGCGGUCUCGCUACCAGAGGUUCUCUUCAACGUCUUCAGGGCCUACGAUCGUCGCGGCGGAAUCUCGUCAAACUGCGGUUCAAUAAGCAGUCCAGGACCCCUGUUUGGAGGCGGAUGGUGAGCGGGUUCCAAUUGCCGACAGAGGAGGACUGGUCGUUGAUUAAAUGUCCGAUCUAUCUGCUUGGAGCUGCCGAAGAUCAGGUCACCACCACCAAAGAGGUCGAUCUUAUCCACUCCUGGUUCAGUCCUGCAAAUAAGAAGGUCACUCUCCCUGAUUCCGGUUCAGGCAACAGCAGCUCUUCCGGGGAGUGCAAGGCGGUGGUAAAGAAAUGCAUCAUCCCUGGUGCUGGUCACGGCGUCAUGUACGAAACGCCGCAUGUCUUGAACGGUCUCAUUGGUGAAUUCAUAUCCAAGCAUAUCAACGAGAUACUUUCCAUGGGGUGGCAGUUAUCCUACCUCAAGGAAGACAAAUGGCUCUUGAAGAACUUAGAAAAAUGGACUAAGACCCAGAGCGUAAGCCCAAGGAUAGUUGGGUUCACCGCGGACGCACCACGGGGCAAACUUGUCCAGAGUCCCUUCCGGGCAAUGAAAACGCUCAGACAGAACGACUCGAGUGGGCACAAUCCAGUGGAUUUCUCCGCCAAAUGGCCGGAUGUGAGAGAUGUCAUUGAUAUCUCUCACGAACAGCCUCCAUAUGACCCAGAGACUCUCGGGAGUGGUGUCAGGUAUCACAAAUUCCCGACUGUGUCCAAGAUGCCACCAACCCCGGACGAAGUUACCGCGUUCAUCAAGCUUGUCGAUUCGAUCCGCGAGUCAAGGGGCUACGAUGAUAAUUCCAUCAUCGCAUGCCACUGCCAUUACGGGUUUAACAGGACGGGUUUCUUCGUGUGUUCUUAUUUGAUCCAGCGUUUGAACUUUACGGUGCCAAAAGCACUUCAGGCAUUCCAGGAGGCACGACCCCCCGGGAUCAAGCACCCGCACUUCAUUAAUGAGCUCUUUGAAAGGCACUGCUUGGGAUUGGAGAGAGCUCCGACCUAUUAG